UCGGUGAGGAAAGCUGUCAUUUUCACCUGAGAGGGCAAUAGAACACACAGCACAAGGGGUGGAGGAGAGCAGGAAAGGAGAGCAGGAAGAACUUUGUCUGUGGGGUUGGUCUUCUCAUUGCCUCCAGUUGACCUCAAGGCUUUGUGGAACUGGACUAUGGGACACGGUUAGCUACAGUAUAAGGCCUCUGGCCGAAGCUCUGUGGAUGUCUGGGUACUGAGCCCCUGAGUCAUUGUCUAUGAAUACACCGGCUGUCUGUGCUGUAGUGAGUGGGUCCAAGCCAGCUAACCUCAAGGAGGAAGAUGUGGGAGAUGCGCACAGACACAAACAUAUGUCCUACAGAACAUGAAUGAAAAAGAACACUCUUUGAUGCUUCUGAGUGUGAAGUAACACACACAGGUUACACUACAGAGAGUUCUGGACGUACCCUCUCUUUCUCUCUUUCUCUCUCUCUCUCUCUCUCUCUCUCUCUCUCUCUCUCUCUCUCUCUCUCUCACACACACACACACACACACACACACACACACACACACACACACACACACACACACACACACACACACACACACACACACACACACACACACACACACACACACUCUAACACACCCCCUGAGACAUGGAUACUAUGGUGAAGCAGUCUCUGGCGGUGUCCAUAAAGAAGCUGUCCAGCUGUGUGACAGGAGUGAAGGAGAGAGAGGUGUGGGCCAGGCGCAGGGCCAAGAGGGGGACAGGAGGAGUAAAGAGCAGCCCUCCACGGACGGGACAGACCACCGUCACACACUCCUACCAAACUGACCUGGAGAAGGAGAGGAAGCUGAGGGAAGCCCUGAAUGCCCAGAAGCAUGCAGAGAGAGCCGCCAUGAGGGAUCACUUCAGGAAGAAGUACCAGCUCUCCAAGAGUUCCAAGGACACCAGCCAUCUCAGUGCGGCGCAAGGGAAAGUGGCACUCCCCCGUCAACUGGCUAAACUGAUUGGUCCUGAGACCCCGGCCAAGGACGAUGGCUACAGCCUGCUGAGCGCCUUCCAAGGCCUCAACUUCAACAUGGGGAUGCUUGGAGGCAAGCAGACCAAGUCGUCCACUCCAAUGUCAGUCAACGGAGAGGCCUGCAAAACCAUGUGGAGUGUAUCUGUGAGCCCGUCCAUGUUCCAGGGGAUACAGGGGAUGUGUGUGUCCGUGCGUCCAGCAGCGUGUGUGAGGAUACAGAGGGGUAUGUGUGUGUGUCCGGCCGGGACAGUGGCAGGGCUCGGAGUGGAGGGGGUAACCCCCGCCAGAGGGGGACCUGCGGAGAGGGGUGGAGGUAGAGGGCUGAGGCGGUUUGAGGAGAUCCCCCACACGGGCAGCAGUGGCUGGCUCAACCUGGUGAUGUUCUGGAGAGAAGACAGAUUUAAACUAUUACACAAACACAUGGAGAGGACCUUCAACACCCUCGGCCCCAUUUACAGGGAGCGUCUGGGCACCCAGAGCACUGUGAAUAUCCUGCUGCCGUCUGACAUCAGUGAGCUGUUCCGCUCUGAAGGCCUUCACCCCCGACGCAUGACCCUGCAGCCAUGGGCCACACACAGAGAGACACGGCAGCACAGCAAGGGAGUCUUCCUCAAGAAUGGGGCAGAGUGGCGUGCCGACCGUCUCCUGCUCAACAGGGAGGUGAUGAUGGCUCCUGCCGUACGUCGCUUCCUGCCCCUCCUAGAUGAAGUAGCGAGGGAUUUCUGUCGUCAGCUAGCGACCCGUGUGGAGAAAGAGGGAGGAAAGGAGGAGAGGGGGCUCAGUCUGACUAUCGACCCCAGCCCUGACCUCUUCCGCUUCGCCCUGGAAGCCAGUUGUCAUGUCCUGUAUGGAGAGCGUAUCGGUCUCUUCUCCACCUCUCCCUCCCAGGAGUCUCAGAAGUUUAUUUUUGCAGUUGAGAGAAUGUUGGCCACCACCCCUCCUCUCCUCUACCUGCCCCCCCGUCUGCUGUGGCGCCUGGGCGCCCCCCUCUGGACACAACACGCCACUGCAUGGGACAUCAUCUUCAGCCACGCCGAGAAAAGGAUCCAGAGAGGAGUCCAGCGUCUGCGCUCCACCCAGGCUGCGGGAGGUGGUAGUGGGGGUACAGAGGGAGAGUUCACAGGUAUCCUGGGUCAGUUGAUGGAUAAAGGACAGUUGUCUCUGGAGCUCAUUAGAGCCAACAUCACUGAACUCAUGGCUGGGGGAGUGGACACGACGGCGGUGCCCCUGCAGUUUGCCCUGUAUGAGUUGGGUCGUAACCCGGCAGUGCAGGAACAGGUCAGAGUUCAGGUGAAGGCAGCGUGGGCAAGAGCCGGCGGUGACGCCCACAAGGCCCUGCAGGGGGCGCCACUACUGAAGGGACUCGUCAAGGAGACCCUCAGGUUAUAUCCAGUGGGAAUUACUGUCCAGAGAUAUCCAGUCAGAGACAUCAUCAUCCAGAACUACCACAUACCUGCUGGGACAUGUGUCCAGGCAUGUCUGUAUCCUCUGGGGAGAAGUCGAGACGUGUUUCAGGAUCCGGAGCGUUUUGACCCUGGUCGCUGGGGGACUCAGGAGUCUGGAGAGGGGCCUGGGGGUGGUGGAGGGUUCCGCUCCCUGGCGUUUGGAUUCGGGGCCAGGCAGUGUGUUGGCAGGAGGAUCGCUGAGAACGAAAUGCAGCUGUUACUGAUGCACAUCCUGUUGAGUUUCCGCCUCAGUGUGUCGUCUUCAGAGGAGCUCAGCACCAAAUACACCCUAAUCCUCCAGCCUGAAACCCCACCACGCAUCACCUUCAGCACACUCUGA